CGAAAUCCUGUGUACAACGCGUAAAAAGGGGGGACUGGAUAACCAGCAGUUUAUCCAAGCCACACGUCUUUGGAGAUAAAGCUAAGGAGCUGUCUAAGCUUUGUCACCAUGUCGGACAAGAGCGAGCUGAAGGCGGAGCUGGAGAGGAAGAAGCAGCGCCUGGCGCAGAUCAGGGAGGAGAAGAAGAGGAAAGAGGAGGAGCGCAAGAAGAAAGAGGCGGACCAGAAGAAGGACGCGGCCCCAAUCCAGGACGACUCGGACCUGGAGAAGAAGCGGCGGGAGGCGGAGGCUCUUCUCCAGAGCAUGGGCAUCACCCCCGAGGCGCCCAUCGUCCCUCCACCCCUGUCUCCAACCUCCAAGUCGGUGGGCACGCCCAGCGAGGCAGGGAGCCAGGACUCUGGCGACGGCGCCGUGGGACCAAGGACCCUGCACUGGGACUCUGACCCGUCCACCCUGCAGCUUCACUCUGACUCUGACCUCGGGCGGGGACCCUUGAAGCUGGGCAUGGCCAAGAUCACCCACGUGGACUUCCCCCCGCGGGAGAUCGUCUCCUACACCAAGGAGACCCAGACCCCCGUGCAGACGCAGCAGAAGGAGGAGGAAGAGGAGGAAGAGGAGAUUGCCCCGCCCCAAGCCCCCCUGGAGCCCCAGGAGGAGAAGCCGGUCCAGCCCGAGGAGGAAGCGCCCCCCCACGAGCUGACGGAGGAGGAGAAGCUGCAGAUCCUGCACUCGGAGGAGUUCAUGACCUUCUUCGACCACAGCACCCGCAUCGUGGAGCGCGCCCUGUCCGAGCACGUCGACGUCUUCUUCGACUACAGCGGGCGGGACCUGGAGGAGAAGGAGGGAGAGAUCCAGGCCGGGGCCAAGCUGUCUCUGAACAGGCAGUUCGUUGAUGAGCGCUGGUCCAAACACCGCGUGGUCACCUGUCUGGAUUGGUCCCCACAGUACCCCGAGCUGCUGGUGGCCUCCUAUAAUAACAACGAGGACGCCCCGCAUGAGCCAGACGGGGUGGCCCUGGUGUGGAACAUGAAGUACAAGAAGACCACGCCCGAGUACGUCUUCCACUGUCAGUCUGCUGUGAUGUCGGCCGCCUUCGCCAAGUUCCACCCCAACCUGGUGGUGGGGGGCACCUACUCAGGCCAGAUUGUGCUGUGGGACAACCGCAGCAACAAGAGGACCCCCGUCCAGAGGACCCCUCUGUCUGCAGCCGCGCAUACGCACCCUGUGUACUGCGUCAAUGUGGUGGGCACCCAGAACGCCCACAACCUCAUCAGCAUCUCCACCGACGGCAAGAUGUGCUCCUGGAGCCUGGACAUGCUGUCCCAACCACAGGACAGUUUGGAGUUGGUGUUCAAGCAGUCCAAGGCUGUGGCGGUCACCUCCAUGUCCUUCCCCCUGGGUGAUGUCAACAACUUUGUGGUGGGCAGCGAGGACGGCUCUGUGUACACGGCGUGCCGCCACGGAAGCAAAGCAGGGAUCAGCGAGAUGUUUGAGGGGCACCAUGGCCCCAUAACCGGCAUCCACUGCCACACCGCUGUGGGCCCCAUCGACUUCUCCCACCUCUUCGUCACCUCCUCCUUCGACUGGACAGUCAAACUGUGGAGCACCAAGAACAACAAGCCGCUGUACUCCUUCGAGGACAACUCGGACUACGUCUAUGAUGUCAUGUGGUCCCCCACCCACCCCGCCCUGUUCGCCUGCGUGGACGGCGUCGGCCACCUUGACCUGUGGAACCUCAACAACGACACAGAGGUUCCCACAGCCAGUAUCACGGUGGAGGGGAAUCCGGCUCUGAACCGAGUCCGGUGGGCCCAGUCCGGUAGGGAGAUUGCUGUGGGUGACUCUGACGGGCAGAUUCUCAUCUACGACGUCGGAGAGCAAAUCGCCGUUCCCCGAAACGACGAAUGGACCCGCUUUGCCCGUACGCUGGCGGAGAUCAACGAGAACCGCGACGACGCCGAGGAGCUGGCUGCCCAGAGAUUGGCUGCCUGAUCGCCAUGGAAACGGCACGGAGGGGACCAAUCACGUUCAGUUUUCCCAAACUCUCAUAGAUUGUACUGUUGAAGUGCAUGAACAUGUUCUUUUUAAACAGCAGCAAAAAAAUGGUCAGAUUUUUUGAUACUGAAACUGUACUACAACACCUCUGCCUUUUUUAAAUGUUCAUAUCCUGGGGUAUGUCUGUAUUUCUAUGGGCUGGGAAUACUGCAGGUUUCUGAUGAACAACAGGGCUAUCAACCUCAAACAGCGUGCACACAGACACAAAAAAAUGGGUUUUGUACUCUUGAUUGUAAUAACUCCAAAGCCUUAAGCUCUACAUGCAUUUGUGACUGAGAUCAGAUUAAACGUCAGAGUUCUGUCACCAUUGUCCAGGUUCAGUAGCAGCUACCCCACCCCUCCCCCCAACACGUUCCCCCAUUUAGUGUGCUCUCAGAUUACACCUGGAGCCCGUAAUUACCGCCAUGACUGACGCAUUCACUACCUGGGCUGAUAGGUCCCUGUGAAAACAUAGUAGUUUAGUCAUUUCUUCAUUAUGCGCAGAGCUGUAGUUUUCUCAUCAAAAUAACCUGAACUGUUAACCUCUGAUCACUUGCUUUCUGCAAAUAGCCCUAGUUCCCAUUAAUGCCUCAAGUCUACCUGAAUGUUAACUAUUUAAAAAAACCUUUUCUUUACCUUGCCUUUGCAGGCUUAUGUACACUACUGUAUAUUACUCUUUUCCAGAACCAAAGCGAACAGUUUCUAUCCAUAUGUCCACAGACAUAAACACAGGAAACCUUUUGAUCAGAAUCUCUCUGGGAGCGUACUGUAGACAUGGUAAUAUGAAGGCAUUUCACACUGGAAGCCAAUUCUUUGAACGUGCAUGCGAUCCGAAUCUGAAAUGAAGUCCUGUAUACGAGCAGAACUGUUUUCCUCCCCUGACCUUCGUAGAUUCCUUGCUUCUCACCUUUUCGGUCUAGUUGUGUAAAGAACAGCAAGACGAUUUUCACGCGUGUAAAAUUAAACCAUGUCGAUGAUUUAUUCCAAUAAAAUACAAUACAAGAAUGAAAUGCAUUUAAAUUAUUUACUAAUAUUCUGGUCAUGAUCUUCCUUUGUUUUUCCAAUAAAACCCCUUUGAAAACAUCUGUACACCGUUUGAAGCCGCUAUGUUUGAUUGCAGAGACGCCCCCCCCUCCCCCGACACGGAAGCAUUGCUGGUGAAGUGCACCGCUGCGUCGGUCCAAUCCGCUCUGUGUUGUCUCUGUACAGAGAUGUACAAUAUGUACAGUAACAUUUGUGCAAGCUACGCAAAGCAAAUCAUUAAAGCACUAAGCAUGCAACAGGUUAUAUAAGAAAGGAAAAAAAAAAAACGAAAUAAGAGAGAGACCGCUUCCGGAAAAGCAGAGAAAGGAGGUCCGUGGUGGAUCUUCGUCUUGGCAAACCGGUUCUGAUGAGAAGGGAGGAAGAGGGGGGAGAACAAAAAAAAAAAAAAA